CGCUCCGUCGUCUGCUCAUUUCAGUUCGAGUGCUUGGAGACUUCACUUCGCGUUUGGAGGAUCAGAUCCACGUUGGUUUUUGGCUUCAAUUACCCACAACUGUCAUCGUCAGCUCUGCGACUAACUAAAUAAUACAAUAAAAUCCCCGCGCUCCCCGUCCCUCUCUCUCUCGGUCGUGUUUGUGCGCCCCGCGAUUAAUAAGAAAAAGCUCAAGGGAAACUGGCAGCGUUUUCCUCGCAGCUGAGAAAAACCGCAGGACGCAGCUCAGCAGCGUCGUCGUGUGCGUUGUGCCCAAGGAAAAUCCUUAAAAAAAUCCUUAAUUGUCGCAAAGAAACCGUAAAGGGCCACAGUUAACGAAGGAAAAACAACUACGUCGUGCACCAUUUUGUGAUAUAUUAUUUGCCCUCCUCAUUUCAACGAUCCCUGUGCAAUUCUCUGAAAAAAAUUAAAAUCAUUACUAGCAACCAAUUGAAUUUCUGCGAGACCAAUACAACAGGAAAUAAUUUCCAACAACUGUGAUCCGAACAAAGCUUUGAGUUUUGUUUCAAGCCUGUGUAAUUUCUACCCAAAACGAAUUGGAAAACUCGUACCGCGAAUUAUUUGCGGCAGUCACGAAUCAAAGCACAAGCGCAGCCUAAUAAUUGGACGAACUGAUCAAACAACAGUUAAAACAAGACCCGCUUAAAAAACAACGGCGGAUCAACAGUUGCGAGUCGCAAGUUGCUAGUUGCACGUUGCCAAUUUGAAAUUGCACGCUUCCACGACUGAGAGCAGGAAGGAAAAAAGGAGUCGCUGCCGCAGCAGGAAGCAGACGAAACUUCGCUGGGCGAAAGUAAAAGCAGCUAGGCAAAUCAAGCAAAUCAAACAAAGAAACCAAACCGCACACACACCACACACACAAAGGCGCUCUAGCCAGCCAUGGAACGUGAAUCCAACCCAAUGCAACCCAUGUGCCGCUCCGGUUGCGGCUUCUAUGGUAAUCCAGCCACAGAUGGUCUCUGCUCCGUAUGCUAUAAGGACUCGCUUAGAAAAAAGCAACAGCCACCUGUGAGCAGCACACCUGUCUCCGUUCCAAGCCCACAACCUAGCCCCACAUUCAGUCCGGCCAUUGCAAUCACCAACACCGCACAGCCCACAGUCACCAGUUUACAACAGCCACACAACGAUGUCAAAGAGAAAAUCACCGAAGAAGCCGCCGCUGCUGCCAAAGUCAACAGCGAAGCCAUCACAUCGGCGACUGGUCCUAACACUUCCACACAAGCAGCCGCCUCCGCCAACGAGGAGGAUGACAAGGACAAGGAAGACGACAAGGAUGCCAAAAAGAAGAAGAACCGAUGUGGCGAGUGCCGCAAGAAGGUUGGACUGACCGGUUUCCAGUGUCGCUGCGGCGGUCUGUACUGCGCCGUGCAUCGUUAUUCUGAUAAACAUAACUGCACAUUCGAUUAUAGAGAGCACGGCGCACAGGAAAUCCGACGCAACAAUCCGGUUGUAGUUGGCGAAAAGAUUCAAAAGAUUUGAAUUUCGAUAUUGUGCCAGUAACAGUAACAGUAGCCGUAGAAUGAUAAUAACCAACCUACACAUAAUAAGAGUACAUAUAAUAUAUAUGCUGCGCUAUAACAACAAAAUCAACAACCAACAGAAAACAGCGUAAACACCAUACACACAACACAAAAAAACACAGAGAGUAAUACUAUAAAAAUCGAUAUAAACUGUAAUUGUAAUGUAAUUAUAAUGUAAACAGCAAAAAGAAACCAGCAACAAUAGUACAGAGAAACGAUAACCAAAUACCCCGCAAAAAGAAUGCAGCAACAACUGGAACAACAAUUUCGAUGCUCAACAACAACGUUAAGCUAGCGACGUCCAGCAGCAACCUGCAGCGGCAACAUGCUACAUGCGGCAUGCAGCAGCAACAUGCAACAGCAAGCAGCGUUCAGCAGUAAAUACCUUUGUACAUCUUGAGUGCAACAACAAUCACCGCCGCGAUUGUGGAAACGAAACAACAACCGCAGCAACAAUAUCAACAACAACCAGCACAACAACCGAUUGCCUUGGACGCCUGCUGAGCUGGGCUGAAAAAAACCGUUUUGAAGAAAACACCAUUCAUCGACUAACGUUGAAAUAUUUUGUUAUUCCAAAUACAAUUUGCAAAUUGUUUGUAUUUAGCUAAAAUCAUACCAACCAACACACAUGACCACAUUUACAACGACAACAAGCACACAACAAACAACAAACCCUUGUUUCAUGUUACAUAAGCAACAACCUUUUAGUAAGACGAUGUGUGUCAUUUGUUUUUGUAAUAUGUUGGAGUGUAUUAAAUAAAAAAAAUAAUUAAAUUCAAAAUGCUAAAUAUGAAAGGAAAAGUUAUGAGAAAUUUAUCAAACUCAAAAUUCACAUACAAAAACCAACCAAGCAACCAACUCUUUCUCAAUUCUUAAUUAUCAGCUACUACAUGAAAAGAUAAAAACAAGAAACAAAUUUAUAUUAAUUAAUUAUAUAUAUGUAUUAAAAGAAAAAAAGAUAAGAAAAUUAUGCAAAAAUUAAGCGUAAAAAAAACAAAGCCCUCACCACAAAAAAAUGUAAAAAAAAAAACCUGAAGAAAAGAAACCAAGAAUAACGCAAUUGUGUAGAGCUCCUAAAAAAACAGUUUGCUAAAAAUCUAAAAAUCCACGACCACGCUAGACACGAGCGAGAGAGAGAAUAGCUAGAGAGAGAGAGAGAGAGAGCGAGGGAGAAAAGGAGCAGCGCGAUUAGUGUAAAGCAACUUGGAGCAUAACAACUCCCUAUACAUAGAAGUUUAAAUAUAAUUAUAAUUAAUUAGUGAAUCAAAGCAGGCGAAUGCAGUGCAAGCGGCGUUUUUCUUCGUUUUACUUUUUGCCCCUCCUCCUGUCCCUCUAACAUUAAAUUGAAUUGAUUUUAAUUUUUUGAUUAUUCGAUGAAUUAUAUAUAUAUAUGCAUAAUGUUAACUAUAUCUACAUCUAUAUAUGGUAGGAUAUGUAAAUCGUGUGACGCAUACACAUAUAUAGUUUAUUUGGGUAUAUGCACAUUAAAGCGAAAAAACAAAAACUAAAAUCAGCAAAAACACAUAUUCUAUCUAUAUAUAUAUAUAGUGGUUACAAAGAAAAUUCAGCAAAAAUGGUAAACAAAAAAUGCAAAAAACACAAUAAAUAUAUAUGGUUCGUCUUUAGAUUUUUAUUGCUUUAAGCGUUAUUUAGUUUUUCUUUGUUUAUAUUAAAACACACACAUGCGUACACAACAAAACAAAAACCCCUUUUUAAUUUUUGCUUUCUUCAUUCUGUAGUACAUAAUUUAAAGUUUUAUUCAAAUUAAUUACACCUAUGCAAAUAAAUUUAAAUCUAGAAAUAAAUUGUGUUGUUAACCCCUACGAAACAAAAAAAUACAAAAAUGGAAAAAAAAUCAAAACGAAAAUUUUAAGUAAAACUAAACAUAUAAAUAACAAAGAGGAAAUACUGCAAUAAAUUUUUAUUCUACAUUUAAAAUUCCCACACGACGACCAAAACAAAUCUAAUAAGCAUAUUUGGCAUACAGAACUGAAAGGAAUCGUUUUUGCAGCAGGAGGAAAAUAAAAGCAAGCACCAAACUCGCCUUUAACCAACCGCCCUUCCAAAUUUUUUAAAGAGUGUUUACAGUGGGUGUACUUUCUCCGAUCACUUUCUCUAGAUCGAUUCUACCUAGAGGUGCCCCUGAUCAAAAAUGGCACUUCUAGUUAAAUGUUGAUCGGUGGUUCAAUGCGGGAGAUUCUGGACAGGUUCAGAUCAAACCAAUGCAGCAAUAGUCAAGUCCAAUCCCAUUAGGAGUUUUAGUCAGAACCAAACUUGAACUGUGCAAAAUCAGAGAUGGAAAAUGCAAAACUAAUAACCAACUUCAAUAUAAUUUUAAAUGAAAGGCAACCCAAUGUACAGGCCAGAUAUAAUAGGAGAAAUUAGGGAUGUGAAAACAAUACUGCAAUUAUACACAACAAGAACAGCAAAUUGUCAUUUUAAUUUUAAUUUAGAACCCCCCCCCCCCCCCCCCCAAUAAUAAAGGCAACACUUUACAUAUACGUAUAUCAUAAUUUAAUUCAUUAAAAACUUUAAAAUUAAUUAGUAAAAUUGUAUGCAUACACAAACACACAAAAAGAAGAAUUUUAAGAUAUAACGAACAAGUUUACCACAGUUUAAAAACGUUUUAAAGCUAAUUUCUUAUCUUGAAGAAAAAAAAAUUAAAAAACAAAAAAAAAUACAGUUUGAAUUGAUAUAAAUAAAACCCAUUUCUAUAUUUUUUGCAUAGUUGUAGUUUUCGUUUACAAUAAUUUACAAUGCUUUAGUGUGCUUUUAGUUGCAAUUGUGUUUAUAUGUUUAACGAAAGACCGAAAGAGUAAAGUGAAAAGGCAAAUAAUAAUUUUAUCUAAGCUUAAUAAACUUGUAUUAUUAUUAACCAACAAUUCUAGUAGUUCUUUAUUAUAUUACCAUAAUAAUUAUUAUUUUGUUGUGUGCACCUCUUAGUCACUUUUGCGCUUAUAAGCUAAUCAAACAACACACAAUUACUUCAAUACCAAUAACGAUCCCCAAAAUUCCUCUAUCCGCCAAACUCUAUAUUUGUGUUGAAUCUUUUUGCAAUUGCUAGCCGAAUUUGAUGAUUUUUUGACUCUUUCUUUGGAUAUGUGAAGUGUUUUGUUAACGGCAGGAGCAGAGACGAAACGAAAUUAGUUGAUUUAAGCGUGUAUGAAUGGGAUUUAAUGAACUUGAAUAUAUGAAUGCAACCAAAUCCAAUAUCUAAAACUUUAUGCGUAUAUAAAUAUUGUACUAAUGUGUAAUUGUAAUUAAAAGCGUCGGAUGAAGAAUAUCUGCAGCCAGAUCAGAUGGGUCGAGAAACAGUGAACAUAUAAGUAACACAGAAACGGUAAAGCUAGAAAAUCUAAAUAGAAAUAGAUAUAUACAUAUACCUAUACAUGAGCCUCAGAUCCGGGCGUAUAUAAGAGCAACAACUAUUUUAAUUAACCUUAAACAAAAGCAUAAACAAAUACAAUAAAAUAGAAGGUACAGCAACAAGAGCAACCACAACAAAUUUGAGAUGAGAUAAUCCAAAAAAAAAAACACUAAAACUUCAAAAUUUAUAUAGCUAACUGGAUAAUGUUCAAUAAAAGGCGAUUAUAUAAUUUUUAAAAAACAAUUGCAUGUUUUAUUUUUUGAAAUUUGUUUGGAUAAUAUAUUUCGAGAGAUAUUCUUUUCAACUUUUCGAAAUCCAUUGGGGAACCCAAGCCAAGCCAAGGUGCUAAGUAGUUUAGAAACGAUGAAGAGGGAAAAACAACGCAUAAAUAAAAUAUUUGAAUAUUUAUUUAUAAUGGCCAAUUGAGAAUGAUCGUGUGGCUCUGGGACUUGUUUCAAAAUGGUUCGUUUUUCAUGCAAUAGAUAUUAACCUAACUAAAGUCACAGCAAGUGUUCAAAAGUAAAACUCAGUAACUACCUAAACUCAGCAAGUAAAUAAUAUAAUACAUUUUUGUGUGUGCUUAUUUCGUUAUAAUAAUUUUUAAACAAAAAAAAAAACACCUGUAAUCAAUUCUUAUAAAUUACAAGAAAAAGGUUUUGAUCAAUCGAUAUAUUAAGCUGCUAAAGUCUCAAACAAAAAAUACAUAGGAAGCCCAACCAGACAAAGAGAUGAAAAACAACAAACAAUUACAAUAUUUAAAAGAUUCUUCGCGAAUGGUAUAAUAAUGAAUGCUUAGAUCUAAGGCAAAUCGAAAGGAAAAUAUAUAUAUAUAUAUACGAGAUAUAACAGUUAAAUGAAUGAUGCAGCAAUGUCGUAUAAAUAACAGAAACAUAUAUCUUAAGUAUGUGAGUAUAUAUAUAGACUAUAUAUACACAAACAUAUGUAUAUCUGAUAAAUGAGAAAUCGCUAAAACUGAUAAAAUUAAACCUAAGUAAAAUUAAAAAGAGAAAUACAAAACACGGAAAAAAAUGGAACUAAUAAAGAGAAUUAUUCUGAGAAAUAUAUAGAA